AUGGCAGACCCUGUGGAUAGAAUCGACUCUACAAUACGCCAACGACAAGCAGCGGCAGAUCACCCUUUAAAUACUGUUCCUAGUAACAUUAAACCGAAUGGGCGAAUUCCAAAUACCCCGUUGGCUGCGUCUACCAUCUCGUUUCUUCUCGGAUCACUAUUUUCGCUCGGAAUGCUCACUUACGUGGUCGGCGGGUAUGAAUCUUAUUGGUGGUCGACGUAUCAGCUUGGACUCUUCAUCGCGGCAUGGUCAGCCUUUCACUGGGGCGAAUUUGCCGUGACCGCUGGAUGGAAUCUCGAAAAGUGUAGUGUUGACUCCUUUCUCUUGGAUAAUGGCUCAAUGUAUCAUAUUGCCCACGGAACGGCACUGGUUGAAUAUUUCUUGACGUUGUACUUUAAACCAUCCUGGAAAUCGUAUCCCCAUGUCAGCACUGCCGGUCAGCACUUUUCCUUGCUGAUUACCCCAUUAAUAAUGCCUGUGUCCUCAGGUGUUGUUCUCGUCCUCGUGGGACAAGUGUUACGGUCAACAGCAAUGAUACAUGCUACCACUAAUUUUUCCCAUAUGGUUGCCUUCAAGAAACAAGACAGUCACGUAUUGGUCACUGAUGGUGUUUACGCAUGGUUUCGUCAUCCAUCAUACGCCGGAUUCUUCUAUUGGGCACUAGGAACGCAGCUAGUCCUUCAGAAUCCGCUAAGCUUCGUCGGCUUCAUCGUCGUUCUCUGGCGCUUUUUCUACUUCAGGACUAGAGCCGAAGAACGAGCAUUAAUCAAAUUUUUCGGAGAUGAAUAUGUCCAAUACCGACGCUCUGUCGGUACUAAGAUCCCAUUUAUACCAUAG